GAAAAAUUAAUAAUACACACUCAUUACAUUCUACCAAACCACCCAAGAGUGAAAGAGUAAGAAGGGAAUACAUAUUAACCCAAAAAGGGAAGCGCUUAGGUUAAGGCGUGAAGGAAGUUGGUGAUAGAAAUUGUUGGGGUUUCGGGAUGAGUGGAAGUGAAGAAUUCGUGUACCGCAUCAGCACGAUGGAGGAGUGGGAAUUGCUGCAGAAAACAGGCAGCACUUUUGGCAGGGACCUUGACCGAACCACUGGCUUUAUACAUCUCAGUAAGCUCGACCAGGUUCAAUCAACUUUGCUGAACUUUUUCCUGAAUGUUAAGGAUGAUUUGUACUUGCUGCAAAUCGAUGCUAAAAAGCUUGGGAAUGGGUUGGUUUAUGAAGCUGUCGAUGACUCAAAAGUCUUUCCUCAUUUUUAUGGCCCAUCUCGGAGUUUCAGUCCGCUACCACUAGAUGCAGUCAUUAAAGGGGAGAAGCUAGUGGUGGCCGAUGGUAAAUUUGUAUGCAGCAUGCUCAGUUGAGUGACUUUAUUCCUUGCAUUUCAGUGAUUGUGUUUGUGUGGUGUGUGAAUCCAAACAGAUUUGGGACACUGACUGGGACUGAUGAACUCAUAAGUCUUGCCUUUCUUUGCCUCCUUUUGUUUCGUUUUCUUCCUUUCUGUUGGUUAGUGAUUCUGAGAAAAUAUGCAAUUUUGAUAGCUGAAAAGUAGCCUUUGUCAAUCAUUGGCUACAAAAGCUUGGGUUUAUGUUGGAUUUGGGAAGUCACUGCUCUGCCGCUAGGGAUGGGCAUUUGGUAUGUUGGUUCAGUUUUUAAGAAUUUCGAUUUGGUACUUUGGUUUUUCGAUUGUAUAUACUGAACCAUAGUUUGUUCA